AUGGAUCUUUUUCAUCCUAUAAAUAAUAAUCCUUUAUUUUCAUUUAGAUAUCUUUUUGAAGAUUUAGCCAAUGAAAUCCUUUAUGAAAUAUUGGAAUAUCUUGAUACGUACGAUAUUUAUAAGGCAUUUUAUAAUCUUAAUAAACGAUUUCAAAAUCUAGCUAUUAAUUCAAAUGUUUUAACUAAAAUCAACAUUUCAGCAAUGUCAAAAUCAAAUUUCGAAGAUUAUAAUCGAAAUAUUUUUAUACCAAAUCGAAAACGAAUUAAAUUACUUCGUUUAUCAAAUCCAUUUACUGCUGAUAUUAUUUUUUCACCAGCACGUACUAUUUUAAAUUUUGGUCAGCUUGAAACAUUAAUUCUUGAUAACAUAAAAAUUAGGUUUCUCAUAAACUUGAUUUCAUAGAUUUUGAUAAAUUUAAAAAGUUUAUCAAAAAAUUUUUUUAUCAUGUUCAAAUUUUACGUCUUACUACAUGUUAUGAUGAUAACUGUUUAAAUGCUAAACGAUGGCAAGAGUUAAUAAUAUCUCACAUAUCAUAUUUACAUAUUUUUGACAUCAAUCAUGAAGAUUGUGUGAUGAAGAAUAAUUUAACAUAUCAUGACAUAAUUAAUCAGUUUAAUUCUUCGUUUUGGAAUGAGAAAAAAUGGUUUUUUACACAUCAGCAUGAGUGGAAGGGCGAUUUAAAUAGUGGAAUUCUUUAUUCAACCGCUCUAUAUCGGUAAAGAGAAAUUGUUGUUCAUCCAGAAAAGUAGUCAUCGUGGCCAUUUUUAUAGCAACUGAAGAACAGAUAGAGUUUGAGAGCUGCAGUUUUUGUCAUUCGACAGAUAGUAUGUAAGGCUAUCAAAGUUUAUUGGAGUCUGAUUGAUUAACAAUUUAGUAAACAAUUGGUCAGUAUAGAUAUCGAUAUACUGAAACUAGAUUUAUAUCGAUUUUAAGGUUGACUUCUCUGUUAUAUAAAGAGAUUGAUUCGGAUGGUUAGUUACUUCUGUGUAGCUACUUAUCUAUGUGAUCACAGAUCAAUAGAAUCAGAUAGAAAUGUCUGCCUACCCUUCUCUUUUGAAUGACGAAACUUGCAUAUCUUAAACUGAUUCUGUUCUCAAGUCAUUUGAGAAAAAAGUCUCCGAAGGCCAGUUGUAUAGAUUGAAUAUAUAGUUUUUAUUCUAUUUGUUUUCUGUUUAGACGAAAAGAUUAUAAGUAUUAUUGAAAGCCCAACGAUCAAAUAUGUUCAGAUAUUCAAGAAGAAAAUUUAAAUUCAGUUAAACAUUUUUAUAUUGCUAGUGAAAAAACGAGAAUAAUUGUGUAAAUUAUUUUCCAAAUGUUAAUGAAUUAUCUAUUGAAAAUAAUUUUGAAGCAUCAGCUGAUUCGACUAGUGCAACCCCCUUCAUCGUAUGAUACUUUGAAGGUAACUGACAAAACUAGAUUUUGAUUCUUAUUCUUUUUCAAUGGAAGACAUAAUCAAUUUAUUACGUUUUACACGUAAUGUACAUACAUUCAACUUGAAUCUAUUGUAUUUAGAUCAUAUUAAUAUAAAUUUGAAUGAAAAAAAUGAAAUUUUUCCAUAUGUAUCAAAGAAAACUAAAAUUCAAAAUUUUGUUCUUAGUGGUAGAUGUUUGUUGAGUUAAAUCCAAUUUACUGGUUAUUUAUUUUCAAAAUUAGAAUAUCUCAAAGUUUAAAUGAACAAAAAGGAUAUAGAAAAAACUAUUCGAUUUUUAUUAUUGAAAACUGAUAAUAAAACACGAAAUUUGUUCUAUUUAUGUAUUUCGAAAGUAUCAAAAGUAUGCCUAAAAACAAAUAAAAAUUUUAAUUAAAUCAGAAAACUUAGUGAUUAUUCUAUUAAAUAUGUUAAUCAUGAUUUACAUUGAUGGUGGUAAAAAUUUAGUUGUUUAGGAUAUGUUUUAUUUACGUUUUUGUUGUAUAUAACGGUGAUUAUUUUUAAAUAAAUAAAUCAAAAAAUAAAAUUUCAAUAAAUGAUAUGAUUGUUUUUAAUUAGCAUAUUAAUGCAGCAAAUCUAAAAAAACCAAAACAAAUAAGGUCUUCCGAAGUUGAAACUUAAAGAAAACGUUUUCUUGUCGAUAUGCUAACGUCAUGAGAUAGAGCGCGUCGGCAUGCAUAUCAAAUAUUGGCUUUUAUACAUUGAAGCAAAGUACAGUGAAAAAACUUAGAAAAUACUAUUUUUCUUAUUUUGACGUUAAAAUGGUGUCAUUUUUAAGAAUAUUCUUAAUUUGCUGCUUUUUUUCUUAUACUCAUGUUUAAUUUUAUCUUCUUGAAAUAUUCCAUUGAGAAUCUUUAGACAUUUUCGUUUUAGAAAAGGACAACCUACUUGGAUUAACAGACGAGAGAGCUUCAAGAGGACUUUCUGAAUUCUUGAAGGAUACUUUCAAAGACGGCGGCGUUCAAUAGACACAAAUUUCAACGACUAAUUUGACCUUGUUUUAAUUGAUAUAAGACCAUGUGUUAAUAACAAUAAGCAUGAAAUUUAAAUAAGCCUCUUGCUUUCUUCGAAAACUUGAAUUUUGAAUGACAACGUCAGUGAAAGUACCUCAAAAGCUGUUCUUUCUAUUUGAAAUCAGGAAAUGUUAUUAUCAAAUAUGAAUUUGACAGAAGAAUAGAUAGCAUUUAUGUAAUUAGUUUAAAAAGAGCGUUAUCAAAAAACCUGUAGUUAAGCAAAGUUAAGCUUUCAAGCAAAUUUGAUCGUAGAAGAACCAUAGGUAGAUGUUUAUGAAAUAAACUUCCAAGGAGAACACAGAUAGGUUUUGAGUAGUAGAUCAUUUUGUGAACAUAUAGGCUUUCUGAUUUACUUCUUUGAUAAUAAAACUCAAAUACUAACGAAAAUGAAACCUUCUUUCGAUUAUUUUGCCAUUAAUGUCAAGGUGAAUUCAAUUUAUUUGCAUCAAUGAAAACUCAGUCUUUUUGGAAAACAUCUCCUUCGAGGCUACAAUAUUCCUUGACAGAUCUAGAUUUCUUUGAAAUACUAGUUAAACUGUUUUAUUUCUGAAUCCUUGGAAGUUGUCUUCUUCUUUAGCAAAAGUAUCCAAAGAAUUUUGAAUGUUCCUUUCCGAACAUGAACAUUUUGAUGUCAUGGUUAAUUAUACAUACUGUACUUAGUAACUACAGCAAUGUUUCAAGUUAUUUAUUGAUUGGACUGUUAACCAAAAUAAGUUGAUCGAUAUGUUAACGAUUAAGAAAGGAUGAUAUCAUAAUGGAGAGUGUGUAUGUCAGAACUGAAUAGACGCUGUACAUAUUAUGAAGUGUGUUUAAUAAUUUUUCUAAGAGGAUGAAUGGAAACAAUGAUCAUCCAGAGCUAUACGAACAAAAGGAAUUCUAGAAAUAGAGAUGAUGAAAGGUAUUCGGUGGUCUUCAUUUAGAUGAAAUUCAUAUGGGUCAUCUGUACUUUGAUGAUUGACGUUUUCGGUUAUUGAGGACUAGGCACACAAGCGGCGACUUAAUCUUUGAUCAUUUACUUUUGAUCGACCUUGAAUAUAUUCAAGGGAAAUAAACUAAUUGUGGAUGAUUUCAAACUGAUUUCCGCUAUUGAAAUUCGUUUGCUUCUCUCGAGUUUGACCACCAUAGAUCGUACACCCAAUGAAACAGGAUGGGACAACUAGUGAACAAUAAUUGUUUGAAAAACAAACUAUUGUUACGUAUGACAGUUCCCUGCUCUUAAUAUUUUGGGAAGUUUUUUCACGACACAUUUGAAUGUGGGUGUUUAGAUGUGAAUCUUUUCUACAUGCACAUCCACACCAUACCCCACACCUACAUUCACUUCUACAUCCGCAUCCUUGUUGCAAAAGUAUUUGCACCACAUAUUUGUUCAAUUUUCGGUCACAUAUAAUUCAUUGGAGAAAGUUAAAGGUAAUCGGCUAGGACGAGUAUUUCAUGCUCUUUCUAAAUACAUGCUCAAAGUUUUUCUUCUGAUUUAUGGUUGGUUCAUUAGGAGGAAAUCUUCGAAGGGAUCAAAAUCGAUGUUUCUACAAAACGCUCAGUUAACAGAU